AACAGUUGGCUUCCAGCUUUUCUCUCUCUCUCUUUCUCCCUGCUCCAUACUAUGGCUAACCUAAGCCCUGCAAAGAAUCACUCAAAGUGGUUUCCCAGCAAAGCCCUCAUGAAACUAAGCCUCCACCGCUUGCGAUGGCCAAAGAAGCCGGCACCGGCCAUAGAACAAUCCCAAGACUGCUUUCGGGAAAUGUUUCGUCGCUUCGACUCUGAUGGCGAUGGACGCAUAUCCAGUGAAGAGCUGCAAUCCUUUUUAGCAUGGGCCGGCGACCGUCUCUCGGCAAACGAGGCCGCCGUGCUUGUCCAAGAUCUUGAAACGGAUAAUGAUGGCCUCAUUGACUAUGAUGAAUUUGUUCGCCUUGUAGGAGGCGGUCAGCGACGAAACAUAGCUGAAAGGGACUACGAAGAAGACCUUCGGCGGGCAUUCAAGAUGUUUGAAGGGGAUGAUGGGUCAGGAUGCAUCACACCGAAUGGGUUGAAGAGGGUUUUGGGAAGGCUUGGGGAGAAGAGAACGGAGGAGGAGUGUGCUGCCAUGAUUAGGGUUUAUGACCUUGAUGGAAAUGGUGUACUUGACUAUCAUGAGUUUCACAGGAUGAUGAGUUAGGUGAUUGUUAGGGUUUUGGAGGAUUGGAGAGGCUUUUAAGUUUUGGUUAGUUAUUAGUGUGAUCUCAGCUCCUUUUCAUGGGAUUUGCAUGAGUGCAUGAUGUUAUGAAGAGUUUAAUUGGUGGUUGAUAAGUUUUUGUCUAUUUAGGUUGUCUUUUGUUACUAUGUAGGGCAUAUUGGUUUAAAUUUUUAUGUAUUGUGGAAGU